UGCUGAUCUGCCUUUAGAAAAUCGAUUCGUUGCACGGUUUCGCUUGGAUUGCUGUCGGGAUGGCUUUCUGGAAGCCAGGAACUGUCGCACCAGGAAGCAGUAUCGACAGAGAAACAGAAAGGGAAACAGACGAGAGCGUAGUUGCACAGUACAACGCUAACGAAGGAUUGGCCAUUAGCCAACAACGGUUGCGGCUCCCGAUUUAUAAGAAUCGCAAUCAUAUACUUUAUCUUCUUGAAAAUUACCAAGUGGUCGUCAUUGUCGGUCAGACGGGUUCCGGCAAAACAACACAGCUUCCACAGUAUCUUCAUGAGGCUGGAUGGACCGCAAAUGGACAUGUUGUUGCUUGCACUCAGCCGCGAAGAGUGGCAGCAACAUCCGUGGCCGCCAGAGUUGCCGAAGAAAUGGGGGUUCAACUGGGACAGGAAGUCGGCUAUACCAUUCGAUUUGACGACUGUAGUGAUUCAACUCUUACUCGCAUUAAAUACAUGACGGACGGCAUGCUAUUUCGCGAGACACUUCUGGAUCCUUUGUUGACACGCUAUAGCGCAAUUAUGAUUGAUGAGGCACAUGAGAGAACUCUUCACACAGAUAUCUUGGUCGGCGUUCUGAAAAAGAUUCUCAAGAAGAGACCGGACUUACGAGUCAUAAUAUCUUCGGCGACCCUCGAUGCAGAAGCCUUUUAUAACUUCUUCAAUUCAAAUACCUCAAAUGACAAGUCAAAGGACACGGCGGUCAUAAUGUCCUUGGAAGGUCGAAUGUUUCCAGUCGAUAUUCUUUAUUUGGAACAACCUUGUAACGAUUACAUAACUGCGUCAGUCGAAACUGUGAUGAAAAUACACGAAAAGGAACCUCCAGGCGAUAUUCUUCUAUUUCUAACUGGAAGAGAGGAAAUAGACACUGCCGUAUCUCUUAUAACCGAACGUGCCAUAUUGUACGAACGAUCGUCCAUGCGCCUUUCGGCCUUACCGAUCUAUGGCGGACUGACUUUUGAUGAGCAACUGAAGGUUUUCGAACCAGCGCCUCGGGGUACAAGGAAGGUCGUGGUUGCGACAAAUAUCGCGGAAGCUUCAAUCACUAUUCAAGGAAUUGUAUACGUAGUGGAUGCAGGAUUUGUGAAGCUUCGGGCAUAUAAUCCGAGGACCGACAUGGAGAGUUUGAUAGUAUCUCAUAUAUCGAAGGCAUCGGCCCAGCAGCGAGCUGGAAGAGCGGGAAGAACACGGCCUGGGAAAGCUUUCCGAUUAUAUACUGAGAAAGCGUUUGACGCGCUUCCCGACAACAAUGUACCAGAAAUGCAACGCAGCAACCUUGCAACGGUUGUGCUCCAGCUUAAAGCACUCGGUAUCGAAAAUGUUCUUUACUUCGACUUUCUCUCCCCCCCGCCAGUCAGCAAUAUGACAAAGGCAUUGGAGCUGCUGUAUUCUCUAAAGGCGCUAGAUGAUUACGGUCGCUUGACAAUGCCGUUUGGCGUCCAUCUGGCCGAGUUCCCGGUUGAUCCCUUACUCGCCGCCAUGCUGAUGAAUUCGCUCUCCAUGAAGUGUGCUGAUGAAAUCCUCACCAUUGCGGCAAUGCUCUCUGUUCAGAAUGUGUUUAUCUCUCCGUCUGGACAGAGACGUGAGGCGGAGGAUGAAAAGCGUAAAUUUGCAGUUGAGGAAGGGGAUCACAUAACAUAUCUGAAUGUCUACAAUGCGUUCCUGAAGAAUAACAAGAGUGCCAAAUGGUGCUAUAACCAUUUUCUAAACCAUAAAACCCUGCUACGCGUUGUAUCCAUCCGCCAACAACUCCGCCGAUAUCUUGGCCGAUUUGGAAUGCCUUUUGAGUCAUGUAAAGGAGACAUUGAUAUAUUGAGGAAAUGCAUCGUUAGUGGCUAUUUCUCUCACGCUGCGCGACUGAAGCCGGAUGGAACGUAUGGCACGGUACUCCAUAACGAGGUACUCCAUAUCCAUCCUAAUUCGGUUCUAUUCCGAAGGUCGCCUGAGUGGGUUGUUUACCAUGAGGUUGUUGAAACAACUAAAUCAUUUAUGCGAGAUUUGACGGUGAUUGAGCCGGACUGGUUGACAGAGUUGGCACCUCACUUUUAUGAGCGAAGAGCGACAACUGGCCGGUAGCUCACCUGUACAAUGAUAAUCUCAAGCUUCUUGUAUAUACAAUAGAUUCACAUAUGUAAAAAACGC